ACAGUGUAGUCGCAUAUAAAUACCGCAUGGUAUGAUAUUGAUACUGGAUUUAUAGGUGUGUAUGAGUAAGUAUUUACGGUAAGUGACAUAUCAUUAUAGUUUGUGGAAAAAUUUGAUCACAUCUUUCAUGCACAGGCCCUCAAUGUACCUGUUACUUGUUACGGGACUGGUAUAAAACCCAGGCCAAAAUCAGGCAAACAUGUCUCAAAAUUCGCUACUACUCUUAAGUGUGGUCCCGUUCCUGACACAAUUAACCCUCUCAACUGGAACGAUUUUACAGGCCACCUUUUUACAGACAAGGUUGCCUGUUCCGGACAACUGUACCCGGCCAUACCAUUUCCCCUGGGAGGAUGUCAUCACCCUGUUUGGAAGCUGUCGUACUAAUGGGAACCAAAAUAAGGACAUUCUCCGUUUCAGAAUAUCAACCGAUACCAUUGAGAAGGUGGGUGAACUAUUGGAGGAAACAAAUCGUGGCUCGGUGCAGGCCGACACCGCCGGGAAUAUAUACUACUUGGGCGGAGUUUCUAAUUGGGUACAGAAAUAUAACGCCGCUCAAAAUGUGACAGAACGUGUCACCACUUUCCCCUUUAAUCUACGAGAUUCGACCUCCGUAAAUAUCAACAGUACGAGCAAUGAGGUCAUAGUUUUUGGCGGGUAUGGAAUUCCGAGUGCGGUCUACUCCAUCGACCUUGACACAUUUUCGACCCAAUAUAAGACCACGCUACCCCAAAAUAUUUUAGAAGCUACCUCCGUCCGAGUGGGUGAUUUUGCGUACAUUUUCGAUUCCGGGGCAUCACGAAAUAACCGACAAGUAAUGCGGGUAAAUUUGAAAAACUUCACUACCGAGAUGGUGGGACCACCCACCCUUCCCGCCUUUUCGUUGAGACCUUCCUCCGUUUAUGAUAGUACCGGGAAUAAAGUGUAUGUCAUUGGAGGGUAUACUUUCGCCGGAAAUGAGGGUAAUCCUACCGCGGGAAUUUACGAGUUUGACCCGGUCACAUUUGAAAAUAGGUUUAUCCCAGUGGCAAAUUUCCCCGUGACGGGGGAAAUGUAUUGGGGAAUUUCUCCGGCAGCAGUUUAUGUAGAGGGCUUGGACAGGAUCUAUUUCUUUGGGGGGUCCUUAGUAACCUCGUACAGUUGGUACCAGAAUGAAAUCUUCUAUGUGAGUCUGGCCCCAUUACGGGGAAAUUUGGGGUGAUGUGCUAACCUUGGUUUGAUAAAAAAAAUUAUAUAUGUGUGAUAUAAAAUUAACGUUUGUGUUAGAGGGUGAUACUGUACAAAAUUUAUUAGUUUGAUAAAUAAACUAAAUUUUCUCGAGUCUGAUAAAUAAA